UUGUUUCAAAGCUCUUGCUUCAGUUUACAGACAGUGUUUUCGAGAAUUUCGCAUACACACAUUGUUAUAUUAAUAGAGAAUCAUGUAUUAAUUUAAUUCUUAGUUAAUUCUGUUUAAACGCUGCAUUUAAAACGCUAAAUAUUUGAGACACAUGACAGAGCUCACAGAUCAUUUCCAGAGAAUCCUGUCGCUUAUCCGUGACGAGUUCUAGUCAAUUACAAAAUGCGGGCGAGCGAGCCAAGCCUAAAUUUCACCAUAAAACUGGGUCAGUAUAAAGUACCCGUUAACCGGCCAGUCGAGUUUCAAUCGCUCAGGAAGGAGGCACAUCUCGAGGAGAUGUCCUCUUGUUUUGCUUGAACGCCAGACAAGAUCAAGAACGCAACAUGAUGAGGGCCGCCCGCUGGCUGUUGCUGAUCAUCGUCCUCGCGCAAUCAUGCUCGCUCCGAGAAUCGAGAGCCGACGAGGGUUUCACGACAAGGGGAAUCGUUAGCGGUGAUCUCGAAGAUCUCUCGAGAUCGCAGGAAGAUCUGGAGCAACUGCGGGUACUGUUGAGGCAAGCCGCGAAUUCUUCGGCAGCGGAAAACGGCACGGUCACCGCGACCAGACAAGGACCCUGUCAGUGCGUCGGCGGUAUCUGUGGAUGUUGUUCGAGGAUCCUGUACGACACGUGGAAACAAAAAGCCUGCGUGAACGUCACGUACGAUCCUGACGAGUUCAGCUUCACCGCCAAUAUCAUGAUGAACGACAGAGUUCUUUAUACACGAACUGUUUCUGGAAAGAACCCUAGACCAAUAUGUGUUCCUGUUCCAAGGCUACCGAUCGUCAGGGCGUGCGUCAGAUUUUAUAAUAUAUAUUUCCAAGGCAGAAAUAUUCAUCUGUGUCUCAAUAUGGAAGGAAAAUUCCAGGAUACUACGCUAUUUAAGGUUAGUUUAGAUUGUCUUAGAUUUGGUUCAAACGGAUUAGCCCUGUUAAAGCCAGAAGACGGAGGUGGUUUAGGCCAAGUAGAAAUUUUUCCGGAAGAUGUGGACGAUAAUGCCGACUACGAUGACGAGGACGAUGAUGACGACGAUGAUGAUGAUGACGACGACGACGAUGACGACGACGACAUAUUUUAA